AUGUUAAAAUUUUAAAGAAUCUGUCUAAGAUAAUUUAGUUAAAAAAAAAUAUUAACAGAUGAAUAAGUAAAAGAAGGCCUGAGACCCAUUUUAAUGAAAGAAGGCUACUUUGAAGAUGAUUAAUACUUAUAUUAUAUUGAUAGAGACAGCAGAGUCAGAAAAGUCCCUAGAGAGUACUAGAAGAGAGAUGGAGUUUAUAGAAUCAAGUUUCUUGAACCCAUAUAUAGAUGGUGGAUACGCAGAUCACCAGACACUUAAUUUGCAAUUAUUCCUUACUUUUUGUCUGCUCUCUUUUUCACUGUAAUCUACAAUGGAGCCAAUUUCAUCAUUGAGAGAGAAGAUCAAAUAGUGGAAAAGGCCAAGGUAGAUCCAAAUUUCAAUAAAGAAAACCUUGAAAGAUGGAGAACUGAAAAGCAAAAUAAACAAUGA